AUGGCGGCCGCAGAGCGACGGCCGAUGCCACUGCAGGUGGCAAUGGCCGUCCUUGCGAAGCCUCUGCCCCGGGAAGCGUCUGAGGCUCUGACUCACGACGAGCAGUUCUCGGCCGCCGCUGGAAGCGCAGGGAGUGCGGGCUCCUUGACAGAGCCCUACGAGGAAUCUUCAAGCACACUUGACGGGCCCAGAGCGAUUCCGGACUUGGACGACCUGCUGUCC